AUGUCUUCCACACCCAACGAACAGCGAAACUCAGAGAGACCGUCCAUAACCGUGAUAUCUCUUGUUACGCUAGUUGUCGCCGUUAUAGUAGCUUUUACGUACGAAUCUACGACUUCCGCCAACGUGUUCGGAUUUCGACGCUUCGCCCAGACAUCUUGGGCUGCUAUCGGAUCUCGUCGGCCACUGAGCACUGCCUCAAACGUUGAGCCAAUUCAGGAUAUUUCCAAGACCCCGGCAGUAAACAGAUUCAAGAUGAAGACGCCUGUUUAUUUUUUGAGUCAUGGUGGUCCCAACAUCAUGUAUGAUUCUGAACACCCAGCAUACAAAGAACUGGGCAGGAUAGGCCGCGAGAUUACCGGCAAGGUAAAGCCCCGCGCUGUUGUGGUGUUCUCGGCACACUGGCAAGCAGGCCGUGAUACAGUGCAAGUGAACACAGCCGAGAUUACGGAUUUGAUUUACGAUUUCUAUGGCUUCCCAAGCCACUACUAUAAGGAGAAGUUCCCCAACGUGGGUAGCAGGGAAGUUGCCACCAAUGUACUGGACGCACUCAAGCAGGCAGGAAUCAAGGCCGAAGGUGUCAAGAGAGGUUUGGACCACGGAGUAUGGGUGAGCUUUAAAUGCGCAUUCGAGCCUGAAACCAAUCCGUUGAAUGUCCCCAUUGUGCAAGUUUCUCUGUUCAAUUCCGAAGAUCCCAUGCAGCACUAUCGCUUGGGAGAAGCAGUGUCGAAACUCCGCGAUGAAAACAUUCUGAUCAUUGUAUCUGGCAUGGCUGUCCACAAUCUCCGGGAUUUGCGGUUCACUUUCGGGGAUCCUCGGCCUAUGCCUUAUGCCGCUAGUUUUGACGAGGCACUGAAAGACGCAGUUACCAAGGCCCCCGCGGAGAGAGCACAAGCGAUGGCUGAUUUGCUGAAGCGAGGAGAUGCUCGACAAGCGCACCCGUCCUUUGAACACCUUCUCCCGAUCCAUAUUGGUGCUGGGGCGGCCGGAGAAGAUCGGGGAAAGAGACUGUGGACCCUGCCUGAGGGAAGUAUGAGCUGGGCGCAGUAUAGAUUUGGCGGAGUGGACAACUCUAGUAGCACUCUAUAG